AUGAACAUACAACAAACAGAGACAACAUUUCCCAACGAGAAGUAUGGCAAUAUCACUAGCUCCGCUUCUUCUUCUUUACAACUAGUCCUACCUUCCAUUUCUUCUUCUCCUCAACUACUCCCACCUUCAAAACAUCAUUUGGAAGAUGUGAAUACCAAAGCCAAACGUAUAAAAUUAGAUGCAAAUAGUAAAUAUUCGGUUUUAGACCAUCAUUCUAGUUUGGAGAAUUUUUACUUUGAGAAUUCAUACAUGAAUCUAGACACUCCUAUUACUUCUAAUACUCAAAAAGAUAACAAAUCUUCUCAAGAUUAUUAUCAUGAAGUUAACUGGUCAAAUAGUAAUAUAGGAAAUCUUGGAUCUUCUCAUCGUCCUCAUAAUUCUCAUCCUCAGAAUGCUGCUAUUAUGAUGGCUUAUAUUCGGAACAAUUCGGAUUUAGGGUUCAAACAACAACAACAGCAAUAUGACAGAGAACUUCAAAUUGACAAAGAAGAAUUGCGACAAACGAAUGUAGAUCACCCUGAUGCUCCAGAAAAUGAUGAUCAAGAAUUUUCGAUUCUUAAUAUUAUUCCAACUUUAAUUAGUGAAAAACAUCGUAAGGCUGCUUUUGUCGAAAAUCUUGUCGAUACUGCAGGCCUUAUUAUCGAGGUAAUUUGGGCAAACUUUUCCGUGAGUCCUAGCGCAAAAAUCAUUACUCUACGUGUAUUUCUUCAGGAAACUCUGAGACGUUCACCGACUUGCGGUAGACGAAUGUUUUUGGCUGCAUUAAUCGUUGCAUCAAAAUAUCUUCAAGAUCGUAAUUAUUCUAAUCGAGCUUGGUCCAAAAUUUCUGGUCUUCCUGUAAAUGAAAUUAAUGCCAACGAAAUUUGUUUUCUUAAAUUAAUUGAUUAUGAUUUAUUUAUAUCCGAAGAUAUUUUUAAACGUUGGAGUAGUUUAUUAUUGACUCACAUUCAAGCUAUUUCAGGAACGGAAAUUUCUAGUCCAGACGCAUUUAGGAGAUUAGAAAAUCAAAGAGAAGUUUCACGAUUUCGGGAAAUUUUAAAAUCUAUUGAUCCUCUGACUAUGGAUUGUAAAAAACCUAUCAACAAUAUGACUAAUUUAUCUCCUGAUUUAUCUACUACUACUUUACCUAAUUUGUUCCCCACUAUUACUCGUAGUAAUAAUAUUUAUCCCAACACUCCUGCAGCGAGUGCUCCGGGAUCUCCAAGUAUUAUUAAAAUAUUUAGGUCAGAUCAAUCUCAAUCUGUUCCUUUACCUCAUCCUUAUGUCGCCACCGCCACCACCACCUCUACCUUAAGUUUUUCACCUCCAAAACCUCCAAAAGCUUUAAAUAAUAUCAAAUAA